AUGCCAGGCGUGUACAAGGGAGAAUGUGGGGACGAUGUGGACCCCAUGCCUUUCCUUGCUCCCAGCGAGAAGGAGAUCCUGGAGGCCAUGAGCAAGCCCUAUGACAUCAAGAAAUCCUGCUGGGUGAAGGACGAGAAGGAAGCCUUUAUCGCAGCCGAGAUCCAGACUGAACAGGGUGACCAGGUCACCGCCAAGACAAUCAAGAACACCACCCUCACUGUAAAGAAGGAUGAUGUUCAGCAAAUGAACCCCCCCAAGUUCCACCAGGCCAGCGAUAUGGCAAAUCUGACGUUCCUGAACGAAGCCAGUGUCAUGGAUAAUCUUCGCCAGCGUUAUGUUAACAUGAGAAUUUAUACAUACUCAGGCUUGUUCUGUGUGACCAUCAAUCCAUACAAGUGGCUACCCAUCUAUGGGGCUAAAGUUGCCCAGAUGUUCAAGGGGAAAAAGCGGAAUGAGGUUCCUCCCCAUCUCUUCUCCAUCUCUGACAAUGCCUAUCAUGACAUGAUGAUGGAACAUGAAAACCAGUCCAUGCUCAUCACCGGAGAAUCUGGUGCUGGCAAAACUGAGAAUACCAAGAAGGUCAUCCAGUACUUCGCCAACGUGGGUGGCACUGGGGGAAAGGUUGGUUCAGACUCCAAGGGCUCCCUGGAAGAUCAAAUCAUCCAGGCAAACCCUGUGCUGGAGGCUUUUGGCAAUGCCAAAACAACCAGGAACAACAACUCCUCUCGAUUCGGUAAAUUCAUUCGAAUCCACUUCGGGCCAACAGCUAAGCUGGCUGGUGCUGACAUUGAGAGCUACCUGUUGGAGAAAUCUCGUGUCAUCUCUCAACAAGCUGCAGAACGUGGCUACCACAUCUUCUACCAACUACUUUCUGGGAAGAAGCCAGAACUUCUUGAGGCACUGUUACUGAACCCAGACCCCCGUCAGUAUAUAUGGGUUUGCCAGGGUGUGACUGUAGUGGACAAUAUGGAUGAUGGUGAAGAGCUACUGCUCACUGAUGAAGCCUUUGACAUCCUGGGCUUCACUAGUGAGGAAAAGAUGAGCAUCUACAAGCUGACUGGAGGCAUCAUGCAUUUUGGAAAUAUGAAGUUCAAGCAGAAACCUAGAGAGGAGCAGGCAGAGGUUGACACCACUGAGGUGGCUGACAAAGUUGCCCACCUCAUGGCAAUCAACUCUGGGGAGUUGCAGAAGGGUAUUACCAGGCCACGUGUCAAAGUGGGGAAUGAGUUUGUGACCAAAGGUCAGAACCAGGACCAAUGUGUCUACUCCAUUGGUGCCUUGGCCAAAGCUGUCUAUGACAGGAUGUUUAAGUGGAUGGUGGCCAGGAUCAAUAAGACCCUGGACACCAAGAUGCAACGGCAGUAUUUCAUUGGGGUCCUGGACAUUGCUGGCUUUGAGAUCUUUGAGUUCAACAGCUUUGAGCAGCUCUGCAUCAACUUUACCAAUGAGAAACUGCAACAGUUUUUCAACCAUCACAUGUUUGUCCUUGAGCAAGAGGAGUACAAGAAGGAGGGAAUUGAUUGGGUUUUCAUUGACUUUGGCCUGGAUCUGCAGGCUUGCAUUGAACUUCUGGAGAAGCCUAUGGGAAUUUUUUCCAUCCUUGAAGAGCAGUGUGUAUUCCCAAAGGCUACUGAUGCAACCUUCAAGGCAGCCUUAUAUGACAAUCAUCUGGGCAAGUCUAGUAACUUCCUCAAGCCAAAGGGUGGGAAGAAAGGUCCUGAGGUUCACUUUGAGCUGGUGCAUUAUGCUGGCACUGUUGGGUACAACAUCUCAGGGUGGUUGGAGAAGAAUAAGGAUCCGCUGAAUGAGACUGUAGCUGGACUUUUCCAGAAGUCUGCCAUGUCUCUUCUGGCUCUCCUGUUCAAAGAAGAGGAAGCAGCUGCUGGUACCAGGAAACAAAAGAAGGGUGCCUCCUUCCAGACUGUUUCUGCCUUCUACAGAGAACAGCUCAACAAAUUAAUGACCACCUUGCGUAGCACUGCUCCCCACUUUGUGCGAUGCAUUGUGCCAAAUGAGUUCAAGCAAUCAGGUGUGUGCGAUUGCUUCCUUAUCUUACACCAGCUGGCCUGCAAUGGUGUGUUGGAAGGAAUUCGUAUCUGCAGAAAAGGCUUCCCAAACAGGCUUCUGUAUCCAGAGUUCAAGCAGAGAUAUUAUAUCCUGAACCCAAAUGUAAUUCCUAAGGGAUUUGUAGACAAUAAAAAAGCUUCAGAGUUGAUUCUAAGCUCGUGUGGAUUAGACAAUAUGGAGUACCGAAUAGGGCACACAAAGGUGUUCUUCCGUGCUGGGGUGUUGGCCAAGCUGGAGGACAUGCGAGAUGAACGCCUGGCCAAGAUAAUGACCAUGCUUCAGGCCCGCUUGCGAGGUUUCCUUAUGAGAAUUGAGUUCAAGAAAAUGCUUGACAGAAGAAUCGCUCUCAUUGCUCUUCAGAGAAAUGUGCGUAAAUUUCUUCAGCUGCGCUAUUGGGGCUGGUGGAAGCUUUACACCAGGGUCAAGCCACUGCUCAAUGUAGCUCGUCAAGAGGAUGAAAUGAAGGCUAAGGAAGAGGAAUUGCGCAAUGCCCUGGAAAAAACACAGGAAAUGAUUGAGAAAAUCAAAAUUCUGGAGGAAAAGCUUGUGACUCUUUCAAAAGAGAAGAAUGAUCUUGCUUUGGCACUGGCAGCUGAACAAGACACAGUGGCAGAUGCAGAGGAACGCUGCACCCAGCUGAUGAAGCAGAAAAUCAGUCUGGAAAGUGAGAUACAGGACAUGAAAGAACGCCUGGAGGAGGAGGAGAGCGCUGCCAACAGUCUUGGGUCACAGAAGCGCAAACUGGAGGGGGAGCUCAAUGACCUCAAGAGGGACCUGGAGGGACUGGAGUCCACUCUGGCGAAGACAGAGAAGGAAAAACAGGGACUUGACCACAGGGUGCGCUCACUGACAGUUGACCUUGGCCAAAGAGAUGACACUAUUGCCAAGCUCCAGAAGGAGAAGAGGGUUCUAGAAGAGCUACAACAGAAAACUCUGGAUGAUCUUCAAGUAGAGGAAGAUAAGGUGAACCACCUCACCAAGAACAACAGCAAGCUAACAACUCAAGUCCAUGAGCUGGAGGACAACUGGGAACAGGAAAAGAAAAUCCGGGCUGAGGUAGAAAAAGCUCGUCGUAAGGCAGAGGGUGACCUGAAAAUUACUAUUGAAAACCUCAACGAAAUGGAGAGGGCCAAGCUUGACCUGGAAGAAAUUGUUAAGAAGAGGGACAUGGAGAUCAAUCAUUUGAACACAAAAUGGGAGGAUGAACAGUCAUUAAACUCCAUAUUGCAGAGGAAGCUUAAAGAGCACCAGUCCCGCAUUGAAGAGCUUGAAGAAGAGCUGGAAGCUGAGAGAGCUAUAAGAGCUAAGGUAGAGAAACAGAGAAGUGACUUGUCCCGAGACCUGGAAGACCUUUCAGACCGACUCGAAGAAGCUGGAGGGGCCACCGUGGCUCAGAUUGAGCAAAACAAGAGGCGAGAAGGAGAGCUCCUGAAGCUCCGCAGGGAGCUAGAGGAGGCAGCCCUCCAGGGUGAAGCCACAGCCUCUGCCCUCCGCAAGAAGCAUUCAGAUUCUAUGACUGAGAUGGCUGAACAAAUGGAGAACUUGCAGAGGGUCAGAGUAAAAUUGGAGAAAGACAAGCAGGUUAUGAAAGCUGAGAUCGAUGACCUUAACACCACUAUUGAAUCAGUCCAGAAGGCAAAGUUGAACUCUGAGGCUCAUGUUCGAAAGCUGGAGGACGGUUUGGCAGAAGCUAAUGCUAGGCUGGCAGAGAUGGAGAGGUCCCAGACAGAACUAAAUGCCAUUAAGACUCGUCUGUCCGCUGAGAAUAGUGAUUUGAGUCGUGAACUAGAGGAGACCCAGAGCAAACUGAGUCAGAUGACUCGUAUAAAGGCCACUCUAACCUCCCAAACUGACGAGCUCAAGAGACAAGUGGAUGAAGAGUCCAAGGCUCGCAGUGCAGCUGUGGUGGGCUUAGCCAAUGCCCGCCAUGACAUGGACUUGAUGAAGGAGCAGCUGGAAGAGGAGCAGGAGAGCAAGGCUGAAAUGCAGCGUCUCAUUUCCAAACUCAACUCUGAGGUCACCACCUGGAGAACAAAAUACGAGACAGAUGCCAUCCAGAAAACUGAAGAGCUGGAGGAAACAAAACGCAAGCUGACAGCCAGGCUACAGGAGGCUGAGCAAGGGACAGAGGCAGCACAGGCUCGGGCUGCCAGCCUGGAGAAAGUCAAGCAAAGGCUACAAGGAGAGGUGGAAGACCUCACCAUUGAUUUGGAAAAGGCCAAUGCAGCAGCUGCAGCUCUAGACAAGAAGCAGCGUGCAUUUGAUAAGAUGAUUGCUGAGUGGAGUCAGAAGUGUGAGGAACUACAGCUGGAACUGGACAACUCCCAAAAGGAAUGUCGCUCGUACAUGACAGAGGUGUACAAACUAAAGACAGCCUAUGAAGAGUCCCUGGAUCAUCUGGAGACUGUCAAAAAGGAUAAUAAGAUCCUCACAGAGGAGAUAAAGGAUCUUGUAGAGCAGCUUGGAGAAGGAGGAAAAAGUAUCCAUGAGCUGCAAAAAAUUAAGAAGAAGCUGGAGGUUGAGAAAGAUGAGCUUCAAGUGGCCCUGGAGGAAGCUGAAGCCUCCCUGGAGGUUGAGGAAAGUAAGGUGGUUCGUGUUCAGCUGGAGUUGGCUCAGGUCAAGGCUGACAUUGAUCGCAGAAUUCAAGAGAAGGAGGAAGAGUUUGAAGUUACAAGGAAGAAUCAACAACGUGCCAUUGAGUCCCUGCAGGCCAGUUUGGAGGCAGAGGCCAAAGGUCGGGUAGAGGCACUCCGGCUGAAGAAGAAGAUGGAGUCUGACUUGAAUGAGAUGGAAAUACAGCUAGAGCAUGCCAAUAAGAACAACAGUGAGCUGGUCAAAACCCUUAAAAGGCUGCAGCAGCAGAUCAAGGACAUGCAGAUGCAGAUGGAUGAGGAUGCCCGCCAGCACGAGGAGCUGAGGGAGCAGUACAACCUGCAGGAGCGCCGCCUCAGCCUUCUCCAGACAGAGAUCGAGGAGAUGCGCAGUGGACUGGAAGCCUCAGAGCGCUCUCGCAAGCUCAUCGAGCAGGAGCUGGUGGAGGUGACUGAGCGAUACAAUGAGCUCAAUGUUCAGAACCAGAGCUUAAUAACCAUCAAGCGCAAAUUAGAGGCAGACGUGACGCGCCUCUCAAAUGAAAAUGAAGAGCUGAUCAGCGAAUUCCGUGCUGCUGAUGAGAGAGCGAAAAAAGCCAUCACUGAUGCCACCCGCAUGGCAGAGGAGCUGCGACAAGAACAAGACCACUGCAUACACCUGGAAAAGAUUAAGAAGAACAACGAGAUUACCAUCAAAGACCUUCAGCUUAAGAUAGAGGAGGCUGAACAGCUUGCUAUGAAGGCUGGAAAGAGAACCAUUCAGAAACUGGAAACUAGGGUUAAAGAGCUUGAGACAGAGUUAGAUGCAGAGCAGAAGCGUCAUGUGGAGACGGUGAAAACCCUCCACAAGCAUGAGCGGCGCCUCAAGGAGCUAGUGUUCCAGACCGAGGAAGACCACAAGACCAACCAGCGCAUGCAGGAGCUGGUGGAGAGGCUGCAGAACAAACUCAAGUCCUACAAGAGGCAAAUUGAAGAGGCUGAGGAGCAAGCAAACACUAGUCUAUCCAAGUACAGGAAGACGGUGCAUGAGCUGGAUGAUGCCGAGGAGAGAGCAGGCAUGGCGGAGAUGGCCCUGAACAAGCUGAGGACCAGAAACCGUGUUUCUGCGAGCAAAGGUUUCACCUCGGUGGAAAUCAUACAGGUGUCCAAAUCCUCCACUUCCAAGGGCUCCUCUGAGGAGUAAAACUACGAGGCGCGAUGCAGCAGGGUGAUACCAUCCGCAUCCCAACCACUCUUUGGGGCUGUGAGGAAACAAGGCCAGAAGACCCACCUGAAGGCACUCAAAAGUCUUAAACUGCAUCUGUGAACACUUAAUACUGCAGUGGUGUUUGUCGAGGUCCUGUUUGUCUGUGUUUUGUAGAUGUGUCUAUGGGAAUUUAUUAUGAGUGGGGAGUGUAUGGGAGAGGGCUGCACUCUCAUGUCAAGGAUGGAGAGUACAUCACAGUGCAUCACCCUGCUGCUGUACUUUCAUGUGCAUUCUGC